UUACUCGUCACCGGGAGGAAGACGACGCUGGCUGACCAGAGGCCCAUGAGGAGCUGCAGUUAUGGGCGCUGUUGCUGUGGACUGCACAGCUAAGAAAGGUACCUUGGAGGGAAAGGAAAUCAUCCCAGUGUCUCCAGCAUCCCAUGUGUGUGUGGCGAGAAGUCACAUUCCAGAUUGUUAUUUUGUGUCAGUAAGUAAUCCAUGAAGUGCCAACAUGGGAAAGAAACGGACAAAGGGGAAAACUGUUCCAAAUGAUGAUUCUUCUGAAUCUUUAGAACCUGUGUGCAGACACCUUAGGAAAGGGCUGGAGCAAGGUGGUUUGAAAAAGGCCUUAGUGAACGUGGAGUGGAAUAUUUGCCAAGACUGUAAGACGGACAAUAAAGUAAAAGAUAAAUCGGAAGAAGCAACGGAAGAAGGCCCUUCAGUUUGGCUGUGUCUUAAAUGUGGCCACCAGGGCUGCGGCAGGGACUCCCAGGAGCAGCACGCUUUGAAGCACUACAUGACGCCCAGGUCCGACCCGCACUGCCUGGUCCUCAGCCUGGACAGCUGGAGUGUGUGGUGUUACCUGUGUGACGAUGAGGUCCAGUACUGCAGUUCACACCGGUUGGGCCAAGUGGUUGAUUAUGUGAGGAAACAAGCCCGUGUUACAACUUCAGAAUCAGCAGCAAAAGAUAAUGGUAACAUUGAACUUGAAAAUAAAAAAUUAGAAAAAGAGAGUAAAAAUGAGCAAGAGAGAGAAAAAAAGGAAAACAUGGCUAAAGAAACACCCACGAAUUUUACUUCCCAGCUCACCGUGAAGGGUCUCAGUAAUCUGGGAAAUACGUGCUUCUUCAAUGCCGUUAUGCAGAAUUUGUCACAAACACCAGUGCUUAGAGAGCUACUGAAAGAAGUAAAAAUGUCUGGAGCCAUUGUAAAAAUUGAACCACCUGACUUGGCACUAACAGAGCCCUUGGAAAUCCACCUCGAGCCUCCAGGCCCUCUGACGGUGGCCAUGAGCCAGUUCCUCGCUGAGAUGCAGGAGGCCAGGAAGGGCGUUGUGACACCCAAGGAGCUGUUCGCCCAGGUCUGUAAAAAAGCAGUGCGUUUUAAAGGCUAUCAGCAGCAAGACAGCCAGGAGCUGCUUCGGUAUUUGCUGGAUGGCAUGAGAGCGGAAGAACACCAAAGAGUGAGUAAAGGAAUUCUUAAAGCAUUGGGUAAUUCUACUGAAAAAUUGGAUGAAGAACUAAAAAAUAAAGUUAAAGAUUAUGAAAAGAAAACAUCAGCACCAAGUUUCGUGGACCGCAUCUUUGGGGGUGAACUGACUAGCACGAUCAUGUGUGAUGAAUGUGGAACGGUCUCCUUGGUUCAUGAGUCUUUCCUUGACUUGUCUCUGCCAGUUUUAGAUGAUCAGAGUGGUAAGAAAAGUAUAAAUGAUAAAAAUCUGAAAAAGACAAUGGAGAAUGAAGAUAAGGACAGCGAGGAAGAAAAAGAUAACGACAGUUACAUGAAACAGAGAAAGGAUGUUCUGUCGGGAACGAGUAAGCACUUGCAGAAGAAAGCCAAGAAGCAAGCCAAGAAGCAAGCCAAGAACCAGCGAAGGCAACAAAAAAUUCAAGGAAAAGUUCUUCAUUUAAAUGAUAUCUGUACUAUUGACCAUCCUGAAGACAAUGAAUGUGACGCUGAAAUGUCAGUUCAGGGAGAAGUGGGUAUUAGAUCCGACCAUGUCUCACAGGAAGAAGUUAUCAAUAAAGAAUAUUGUGUUAAUCAGAAAGACUUGAAUGACCAAGAAAAUAUGGUAGAAAGUGUAACUGACAAUCAGAAGUGCACAGAGGAAGUGGAUGUGGAUUACGAUCUGGAGGCUCCGCCAUCUCCCGCCGAACAUCCUGAGAAUUUAAACGGUGCCUGUGUGGAAGAUGGGGGCCCUGGGGAAGAGGACAUUUUGAGGGGUUUCAGGAACCUGAACUUGGAUGCUGCUCUUCACCCUGACGACAUACACGUAGAGAUUAUGAACGGCAGCCCUGCUCCCGGGACCAAGGUGUAUGAGGUGGUGAACCAAGACCCGGCGACUGCGUUCUGCACCCUCGCCAGCAGGCAGGCCGUCGGCGCUGACGACGGCUGCAUCCAGCACUGCCUGUACCAGUUCACCCGGAACGAGGAGCUCCGAGGUGCCAACCAGCUGCUGUGCGAAGCGUGCACCCGGAGACAGCUCAGUGCCCCGAAGGCAAAUCUGAAAGGUGAAAGGAAACAUGUUUACACCAAUGCCCAAAAGCAGAUGCUCAUUUCUCUCGCUCCUCCUGUUCUCACCCUUCAUUUAAAGAGAUUUCAGCAGGCUGGUUUUAACCUGCGCAAAAUUAACAAACACAUAAGAUUUCCAGAAAUAUUAGAUUUGGCUCCUUUUUGUACCGCUAAAUGUAAGAAUGUUGCCGAGGAAAGCACCAGGGUGCUGUACUCCCUGUACGGAGUCGUGGAGCACAGCGGCACCAUGCGGUCCGGGCACUACACCGCCUACAGUAAGGCGCGAGCGGCAAACACUCGCCUGUGUGAUCUCGUUCUCCACGGGGACGUCCCACAAGAUUUUGAAAUGGAGUCAACCAAAGGGCAGUGGUUUCACAUCAGCGACACCCACGUACACGCUGUGUCUACAGAUAAAGUGCUGAACUCACAGGCGUACCUCCUGUUUUAUGAGAGAAUCCUCUGAGUUUCAGCACUUCCAGAGAAGUGCUUUCUCUGGAAACGCAUUCAGGUUUUUACAAGAGCUGUAAGAGUAAUAAAAAGUAAAGACUAGAUCAUGUUCGCUUAGAAUUGAGUCCAUGCCAGAAGCAGUCGUACGUGCUGAAAUACCGAAGGGCAAGUACCUGCAGGUUGACCACAGUUCUGUCAGUGGCUUCUCACUCCUGCUUCCCGGUCCUGUGUGGACUCUGAAUCAAGUGCUCUGGGUAACGUGUGUGGUGGUGGGUAACAUGCAUCAAUAAACUGACUUACCCCCAAA